AUGGAAUAAUAAACAUUUGAUAAAUGCAAAGAAACUUAAAAUUAAGAGAAAUAUAUUUGUCUCAAUAAAUAAUGUUAUUCAUAAAAAAGUUUAAGAUUGCAUUGUCAUGAAUGUUUAGUGAAAUUACAUAAUACAAAUAAAAAAAAUUUAGAUCAUAUUGAUCAAUUUAUUUCUUUUGAAUUCAUAGCUAAUGAUGUGCUGAAUAGAAAUAAUAAAAAGAUUGAUUUAUAUAAUCAAGUUAUGAUCAAUGUAAAUCAACUAAAAAAAGAUAAAUUCAAAGAGUUGAGCACAUUAAGUAUUUAUCUACAAAUUUAUGAUAAAUUAGAAUCAUUUACAAAUAAGAGUUUAGAAUAUUAGAAUCAGAUUUUCAAAAAGUUUGAUUAAUAUGUUGAAGCAGUCCCUAAAGAAAUAAAAGAUUAAAUUUCAUCAUUAAGAGGAGGUUUAUUAUUGUAAAUAGGGAACCUUUAAUUUUAAAUUGAAUAGUACUUAUCGAAUGAUUAAAUCUUUGAAGAUCGUUUAAAGAAAUUUUUGGAAACAGUCUAAAAGAAUUUUUAAUAUGAAAUUGAUUAUGAAGAACAAGAUUCUUUAAUAAUUAAGUAAGAUUUGAUUGUUAAUAAAGGAAUAUCGACAUCGAGGAAAAUGGCAAAAAAAUUAAUUAUUUAAAAGAAGUUAAUAUUAUGUUAAAUAAUGAUUAACUUUUAAAAAUAAUAACAUUUAUUAUAAUCAUUGCAUUAUCAUUAUUAAUCUUUUUAAUGUAUCAAUAAGAUAAUUAGCUUUGAAAGUAAUAUAAAAAAUUAAUUGUAGACUUUAAAUAACUAUAUAAUAACAAUCUUAGUAUAUAUUUGAUUUAUAAAAACUACUAAUAUAAGAAAUUUAACUAUUAAGAUAAUAAUAAGAUAAUUAAAGUGAAUUUAUAAUUAAUUAAUAAAAUGAAACUAAUUAAGCAAAUAAUUAUAUCAAAAAUAUUUUAAUCAAUAAUGAUUCUAAAUUAACUCUAAAAGUUAUUUAAUUAUUUAAUAAGACAAAUGAAGAAUUUAAUAAUACUCAUAAUCUCUUAAACGAAGUAAAAUAGAAUAUUUCAAAAAUUCAAUUAAAUUUUGAAACCAAUAAUUAAAUAGAACGCUUUCUAAUUAAUGAAUAAUCAGAAAUUCUUACUUAAUAAUAUAUUAUUGAUAAAUUAAUAGUAAAAUAGUAAUUGAAUUUCAAAUAAGGUGAAUUGAUAUACAAAAGUAAAAGGGAUGGAUUAACUAUGGAAGCAUUUUGGAAAUCUAUGAAAAAAUAAGGUUCCACUUUACUAAUAGCUAAAUUUCAAAACUUAGAAAUAGUUGGGGCUGUCACAAUACCUUCCUUUUAGCCUUUAGUUUUUGGAGAUUACUAGGCAGAUCUUACAAAAUAAUCAUUUCUAUUUUCAUAUACAAAUAAUAGGAUAUAUAAAUUAAGAGAUUAUAAACAUACUUUAUAUUCUUAAUAUAUGUAAGGACCAUAAUUUGGAUAAGGUCCUGAUUUAAGUUUAUAAGGAUCUACAUUUAACUAAAGUUAUAGUAAUAUUGGAUAUACUUAUGAAUAUUAUAAGGAGAAGGGAGAAUCUAUAAUAAAUCAAUCAUCCAAGUUAAUAGAAAUGGAAGUAUACUUAUUAAAUUGA